CCCUUCCCCUCGUUCCUGUCCUUUGCCAACUUUUCCACCUCUCAGAAUUCCAAGACCGCGCGUUCAACUUCCACAAUCGACACAUAAAAGCCCACUGCUUAGUUACCAGUCUCAACAGGAGCAGCCACCUCCACCGUCACCGUCACAGUCGCCUCAGGUUACUUCUUGUGAUUGUCAUGCUUCUUGUGGUCGUCGUGCUUCUUAUGGUCGUCAUGCUUCUUGUGAUCGUCAUGCUUCUUAUGAUCGUCAUGCUUCUUAUGAUCGUCAUGCUUCUUAUGAUCAUCAUGCUUCUUAUGAUCGUCAUGCUUCUUGUGAUCAUCGUCGUGCUUCUUUUUGUCCUUGUCUUUGUCAUCGUCGUCCCGCUGGCGCUUGCCAACAAUGGCGGCAGGGAGCUUCACCACCUCAUUGUCCUCCAAGGACGGAGUGCGAGGCGAUAGCGGCGGGGCGGGCCCGGCCACGGCGGCUCGAGCGGAAUGGCCUCCAGCGUCGGGAACGAGACGCUACUCCGGGAUCGUGGGCAGUGCCCAGACCAAGGCUGCGAAGGCAGCACCAAGUGCAAUGAGCGGGGCCUUCAUGUUGGUCGGUUAUUAUAUCGGAAGCAGCACACAAGAGGAACGGGUGAUAAUUGAGAUAUUUGCUCGAUUUGCAAGAAAACGAGUAAAGUUAGAUGGAGGAAUGGUUCAAGACAUAAACACGAACUUAGAGGAGAAAAUAAGAUAUAUAUAUUUUCUGGUGGAGGUCAAGGCGGGAUAGGAAACUCUUGCUUGUUGUGUCGUAAUCUCAGUCAUGAUUCGAGAUGGCGUCACUGGGCCGUCACUCAAAGUGCGGAGAGAGCUGGCGAGGAGGGAAGUUCCAUGAAGCUUCAGCUCCGUGUAUAGCUUACCUGUUAUAAGUAUAAGGACAUUCCUGGCCUGUCUUAA